AUGCGUUCAUGGGCUUGCUUUAUUUCAACCAUUUCGUGCGUCUGGAUGGAGUUUGCAUAUUCGCCGCCGUGGCUUCACGGCCGAUUCCUGAACCUCAUCACAAUACCAAAUGUAAGCUACGAUGAUAUUGCUGUGCUGGGGGUAGUAGCUCUUGGUAGCAUCGCCUACCUUCUACGGAGCGUUACAUUUUCCAAGUCAGGUCCAUAUGAAUACAAGCUCUACGAGCGACCGCAAGAGCUCCUCAAUAGCAAAAAACUCCAACCCGCGACAAGGAACAUAGCCCAGAAGUUGGAAGAAGAUGAGAAAGAUGUCGUCAUAUUCUGGGGAUCGCAGUCCGGCACUGCAGAGGGGUUUGCAACUCGGUUGGCUAGAGAGCUUCCACGACGUUUUGGAAUUCAAGCUAUCGCUGCUGAUCUCUCUGACUUCGAUCCUGAUACGAUUGCGCUCAUUCCGCGUACAAAAUUCGCUGUUUUCAUUAUAUCUACAUAUGGUGAGGGUGAUCCAAGUGACAACACCACGGAGUUUUGGAAUUUCUUGCACCGCACGUCGGAUAUCAGCCUUGCCAGACUCCGAUAUUUUGCCUUUGGUCUCGGAAACAAGAACUAUAAGUAUUACAAUCGGGUUAUUGACGUGGUCACAGCUUUGUUGAAUAAGUUGGGAGCUCAUGUUUUACUACCUGUCGGCCACGCAGACGACUCGCUUGGUACAACUGAAGAGGACUUCUUAGAAUGGAAGAAGGAUGUCUUUGCUGCCUUGAAGCUCGAACUGGACGUUGCGGAGAAGGAUCCUGUUUACGAGCCGACAUUCAGAGUCAUGGAAGACGAUUCACUUACAAUAACUGAUCUCAACUUGGGUGAGCCUGUCCAACGAGAACAUGGAAAGAAACCAAACCUUGUAUGCUCGCCCAUUCGACCGCUCCCUAUCAAACUUGGCAGAGACCUUUCGAAUUCUGCAGACCGUAGUUGUAUUCAUAUGGAGCUCGAUCUUUCAUCAUAUCCCGAAGUCAAGUACAAAACGGGUGAUCAUAUUGCCAUUUGGCCUAUGAAUCCAGACGGCGAGGUGCAUCGCUUGAUUAGGGUACUUGGAUUCGAGCAACGACAAAACACUCCGAUUGUCCUUCUACCUUGCGUGUCCGGUACCAAGAUCAAAGUGCCAACACCAACUACCAUUCUCGCCCUUUUUCAGUAUUAUCUCGAAAUUUGCGCACCAGUAUCCCGUGAGACUGUGCAAAAUCUCGCUCAGUUUGCGCCGACAUUGAGUGCGAAAGAAACGCUAUCGAAGCUGGGAAAGGAUAAAGAAUCUUACUACAAGCUUUUACUUGACAAACAUAUCAACUUGGGUCGGUUGCUUGAAUACAGUAUUGGUGGUGAACGUACACCUUGGGAGAGUCUUCCUCUCUCUUUCGUUAUCGAGAGCCUGGCCGCUAUGCAGCCUCGAUAUUAUUCCAUCUCUUCGUCGUCAAUUGUGCAGCCACGGCAAUUGUCAUUGACUGUUGCUGUCUCGGAUUCGUAUGUCAACCCUGGACAUUCACUUGAAAGGAUUCCCGGAUUAGCGACAAACUACAUGCUUGCUCUCAAACAUGCAAUUUCAGCAGACCCUGCUCAGCUAAAGACUCGUCCUGCUGAUCUGACAUAUCCUUUGAAGGGACCUAAUGAUCAGUUGCAGUCUAGGAGAAUAUACGCGCAUAUUCGCCAUUCCAGAUUCAAACUUCCGGUUCUGACUUCAUCGAAGAUUAUCAUGAUUGCUGCUGGAACUGGAAUUGCUCCUUUCCGCGGGUUUCUCCAUGAACGAGCUCGGUUCAAAGCCAUGGGUCGAGAAGUUGGUAGCAUGCAUCUUUUCUUUGGUUGCCGUCUUUCGGGGGAAGAUUAUCUUUAUCAGGACGAAUUAAAGUUCUUGAAGGAGUCACUAGGGAACAAUCUACAAAUAGUCACUGCGUUUUCACGCGAAAAUCCUGAUUGCAAGGUCUACGUUCAAGAUCGCAUCCAAGAACAUGCACAGGAGCUUUGCACCAUGCUGAUGGAUGGCAGCACGUAUCUUUAUAUCUGCGGCUCAACAAAAAUGGCUCGGGCUGUCACUACAGCACUAGGCAAUGGCUUACUAGUGAAAAAGAAUUGGGGUGAUUCUCAGUUGCGGUUGUGGAUGGAAGGACAGAAGAAACGCGGUGCAUGGCAGGAGGAUGUUUGGGGUUGA